CGUUAAAUCUUCCGUUUAUAAACAAAAUAUUAUCAAAUUUGUAAUAAACGUUUUACGUUACUUCGUAUACAGUUUGAACUAUCGCAUAAACGUUUGGUUGCGUCUCAAGAGAUUUCAUCUGUGGUUGUUCGAACAUGAAUGUUACAUCAAGAAUGAGAUAAUAAGAAAGAGAGAGAGAGAGAGAGAGAGAGAGAGAGAGAGAGAAAAGAGAAAGGAAAUAUAUAAACAAUGUAUAAAGAAUAUAUAUACGAAGAAUCUCUUCAAAUUUAAAUUACACAGAAAUGAGACUUACUUAUAAUGCGUAUUCUCUUGCGAUUUGUGAUAUCUACUUGUGUAAAACUUAGCGUUUGAGGUUAUUUAAUCGUUAUAAAAUGAUGGAAGAAAGAAAUAAUAAAAGAUAUACCAUAUACAUUGGUGGUAUUUUUCCAGCUCCAAAAUUUGAUCUAGACGUCGUAGACGUUCCCCCAAGACAACCAUACGUAUCCGAUUUAUACGUAGUUUUCCUUAUUGCUUCAAUCAUAAUGCACUUAAUUGACAUGGCAUUUGAUAUCAACAUCGCGGUAAGAUAUCUACUGGCAAAUAAAGUAAUAUAUUUUAUUUGGACUCUUUUCUUCCUACUUAUUCCAUCUUUUAUAAAUGUAAUCAUUAGUAGAAGAAUGCAACGUCAAGACGAAGAGAUAGAUCCAGAUCUGGCACAAUUAGAAAAUCGUAAAACUUGCGGACAAGCAAUGAUUAAGAAGAAAAUAUGUUGUAUCUUGGCCGUGGCUUUCCAAUUAGCACCUGUGAUACGUUAUUACGAUACUUUGAUUUAUGCUUUGAAGGCACGUAAAUGUGAGAAAGUAGGAGAUCGCAAUGGCCAAAAACGAUAUUAUUUUAAAAUGCUGAAGGAAGAUCAAGACGUCGCGUUACUAAGAAUAUUUGAAUGCUUUCUAGAAGCAGCACCUCAACAAGUUCUGCAAUUAACUAUUUUACUGAAGCAUUAUGACAGCGAUAUAAAUUUCGAAUUUAUACAUCAACUUGGCAGUAUUAUUACUUCUUUACUCAGUAUGGGUUGGGCAAUGGCGAGUUAUAAUCGUAGCAUUCGAUUAGCCCAACAUGAUAAGGAAAUAAUGAACAUUCGAGGUAGCAUAUGUCAAUUUUUAUGGUACUUCCUUGUAACAGUUUCAAGAAUAUUAAUGGUGAGUUUAAUUGCCAGUAUAUGGCCGUUAUACACUGCUCUUGCUUGUGUCUGUCAUUGGAUUGCCAUGACAAUUUGGAUCUUGAUCGAUUCUCAUGGUAUAUUACAGUUUUGUCGUGAGAAUAAUCGUGCGCCUCAUCUGACACCAACGAUAACAGAACGAGUUUAUUCCGUGCUUUUUGCAUUGGUUAUAGGUCUAGUCCAUAUAUUUGUAUAUUUAAAUGUUAUAGAUAGUAAUACUCUUUUAAAACAUGUAUUUUUUUACGGCCUUUGCUUUUUUGAAAAUAUUACUGCUAAUCUUCUUUGGAUGUUCAAUUUGUCUAUAGAAGCAAAAAAUUCUUGGUACUUUCCCGUAUACAUUGUUCCUUGUACAGUGCCUUUCUUCUUAGGUAUCACUGCCAUGACUCUUUAUUAUACACUUUAUCAUCCAGUUAGAAAGACUCACCUACAAUUGAGCUUAAGGAACCAAGAUCGAUCUUUAUGAUAAUGAACGAGAGAUAAUAUUUAGGCAGAUAACUAACACAUGUACAUCGUCAUAUCUCAUUGCACAUAUAACAUUUCAUACUAAUUUAUUAAUUUUUAUACGAAUUUUACACUACUUAGACGUAAGAAAAGAAAAUGAGAUGUAAUAAUUGAGA